AUGGCCAUUACAAGAUCCUCAACUAAGAAAGCAAAAGCAAGCAACAAUCUUGUUUCUGUCCUGCCUCCAGAGGUUAUUGAAUGGGAGAUACUGCCUAGACUUCCUGUGAAAUCACUUUUGCGGUUUAAACUUGUUUGUAAAUCCUGGAAUUUGCUUAUAUCAACCGACCAUAAUUUCGUCAAGACGCAGCUUCAUCAUAACCUCAGCAGAGACUCUCUCAUACUGCAGCAAGAAAGUUUCUAUAACUCUUUUGUAGUUGGCUGCAUUGAUGGAUUAGUAUGUGUCUUCCGUUGGGUCAAGGAUGCUGCAAAAGUGGAUAUUGCGAUUUGGAAUCCUGCCACAAAUCUGUGUUUGGUGAUACCACCUCUUCCAAAGAGAAGUGUUCGAAGAUAUGAUGUCCUUUUAGGAUUUGGUUACGAUUCGGUGGAGAAUGAUUUUAAGGUAAUGUAUGGUUCCCUGACCGAAGAAAAACCAUUAGCAGUUGAUAUAUUUUUAUGCAAAGCUGCUUGUUGGAAGAAAAUAGCUCCCUCCAACAUCCUUUACCGCGGGGAAAUUUAUCCAAAAAGGAAGCCAAUAAUUUUCAAUGGAUCUCCUUUUUGGUUGAAUGAGAAGAGGCAGGAUGCAGAAAUCAUUCUGGUUGUGAUAUCGUUUGAUGUUCGGCUCGAGGUUUUCCGGUUGCUGCCUAGUUUCAGUUGUAUUGACAAAAACAAAUUAAAAACAUUUGUUCUCAUGAAUUUCAUGGAUUCUUUGGCGAUCAUGGUCUACGAAGAGGGAAUGUAUUUUGUAAAACCAAUUGAUGUUUAUAUUUUUAGUCAGAGAAGCGGUGUUUGGAACAAGAAGAUAUCUAUUGGACCAUUAAAGUUGAAGGAGAUUCCUAUUGGAAAAUUAAGAAUACCUGAGACAACUAUUGAGCUGCAUAGCUUAAAACCUUGUUCUUGGAAUGGUGACAUUCUAUUUCUUAAUGCCCAUCGUUGCAGAUUAUAUGGCGUCAAUCCCAAAACUCAUACAAUCAAAUUACUUAAAGACAGCUCAUUUGCAGAACGGAUAUAUAAUUGCUCCAACUACUCAGAAAGCCUGAGUUUUGUUAAGGGGAUGAAGCCCCUUUCCGACAAAAGAUAUGAAGGCAGUUUCAUAUUUCUUCACAGAGAGAUGCUGGAGCUUGCCCCUAGUUAUCAAUAUAUAUAA